UCCCAGCGCCUAUAUAGUCGCGAUCGGAUGCUCCUGAGAUCGCGGCGAUGCCAAAAGAAGUCAGAACCCGUCCCCCACCUCCCGCACCACUCAUGAUCCCCGACCUACCCGCCACCGCCCCAGGAAACCCCAAUCCACCCACCGCCGGGGACCACCCUCCCGUCGCCGCCCUCGACCCCAAGGCGCCGCCGCCCCGGCCCGAGGUGUCGCCGCCCCGCCAAUCCCGGGCGCCGCCACCCUGGAAACCCCGUUCAGAAAUCACCGCCUCCUACCGUGACGCCGACGCCGGCCUCCUCCUGCAGCGCCACCGCCGGGCCCUCCUGCCGCAGCGCCGCCACCGAACCGACCACGCGCGCUGCCGCCUGCAGGACCGGAUCCUCGUCACCACGCGCGUGGAUCCCGGCCAGGGCCGUUCGCUGCCGCCCAGCCCCCAGCGACAUCGUGCACCGCUGUCCUCCCUCCAGAGUGUUGCCACUAUCCGGCCUCGAACUUCUACCAGCAGAGUGCCGCACCGACCUUGGAUGAUGAGCUCCCGGAUCCCGCUGUUGUAGCCGUCCCAUUGCCCCUGCGCGGCAUGAACGUCGUUCCCCAAGACAGCUUCGACUUCCUCUCUCCAGAAGGUGACGCUGCAGCAACACACAUUGAUUUCUCACCUGUCAAAAGAAAAGAAUAAGCAAGCACGGGAAGAAGGCAGGAAAAUGUAAUUCCGAGCUUCAGGAAAAAAAAAGUUAUUGAGUGCGGCACGGGAGUUAGCUAGUCUGUCUCUAAUGGCAGUACGUAGAAGUAUACAGAUUCCAACUUUCUGUGAACAUCAAAGGAUCUGCAGUGUUUAUGUGAUGGCUGAUGCUUUCUCAGAACUACUCUUUCAGAAAGAAAUGGCGCGUUGAGAGAAAAGCAAAGUGCAGAGAAGGCAAAUGGUGUGUUGAGAGGAAAGCAAAGUGCAGAGAAUGUUCCAAGAACAGAGCUGCAUGUUCUUCAGUUUCCAUCUUUGUGCUCACAUCACAAGAGCUCAGAUAAAGAAAACAGAGAAAAUCAACACUGCAGAUCUUUGUAUGUACAAAGAAUCAUUCCAGAAAGUACAUGUUAAAAAAAAGCCUCGGUUGUAGUUAUA